AUCCCACCAAACCAACCAAUGAGGUUCGUUACAUGGCAUGACAGUAGCACAUAGAGGGUUGGGCAAAUACUUUAGCGCGGGAUAGCUGCAUUACUAGCCUCGAGUAUUGCGCGACAAGCCGCAGCCAACACCCCGCACCCCUUCGACGCCAUAGCCGAUUUAGUUGGUUUUUUCAUGUUGCGGCUGGAUGGCUUCAGGUCGAAACUUUCUGUAUAAAACUAAAGAUCGCCACUUCGAAUUCAGUGUCCAGUUAAUUCAUCUCAUCAACAAUCUCAUCCACAACACUCAACUUCGCAAUUAACGACAGAUCCACAACGGCAGAUCCGCUGUAUCCCCAGCUAUCUUGAAUGAAUCGUCACAUUCCCGUACGAUAGUUGAUAUCAAUCACCAAAAUGGCUAAAACCUUCACAUCCGCGGCGUUCCUCAUCGCCGCCGUCGCAGCCAUUCCCAACCCCAACCCGUCAACCGCCGCCUGCACACCGGGCAAAAUCGCCCAACCCACAAUGUGGAACCUCUACCCGUCUCAACCCGACCUCUCCCAAUCCCCCUUCACCUACCUCGAAGUACAAAUCUUCGAAUCCUACCCGCAACUCCAACAAGUCGCCGUCUUCUCCGGGAUCCCGCCGACCGCCAAGUCCUGCACGCUAGGCUGGUCGCAAUCCGACUCCACCAGUCGGACCUUCGUCGUGGAAGGAAGCGGGCUCAUCGCUGCGAGUCCCUUGACGGGGUUCCCGGCUGAGGGGGAGCCGGUGUCGACUAAUUCGAUCAAGCCAUUCGAGACUGCCGUGGAUGAUGCGUUGACACCGGAUUUCACGUCUUGGGAUCAGGUUGCGGCCGCGUGGAACCAUACGGCGGGAGCGGUGGAUUGUGCGGAGGAGAUUCAUUUGAAGUUGGAAAUUGAUGCACGUAAUGGGGAUGGGCAUGUUUACUUUGAGCAGGAUGCUGCGAAUGGGCUUUAUGUGUCGUAUACUUGCUGAAAAGGGCCGGGGGACUAAUAAUGACGGACUAUGAAGGCUCUCGUGUGUGUUUGGCUUCGAGGGCAGCGUGGGAAAAUUUGGGAGUUUGGCGCCGGUUCGUGGUUCAUCGGUUCAACGCCUCGACGGUUUAAUGGGUUGACAUCGGGCGAACGGGUUUGCAUUCUGGGGGCAUUGGGGAGGCGGCGCAUUACGGCCAGCAUCUUGCAUUGUGAAAUAAAUGCGGUACUUUGAUCUAUGGUUUCAACUGAGGUGGUUCAAACACCGAACCCACAGUGCCACGUUCGAGCUUCACUAAACGUUCGCUGGUCAUCUCGAAGCAUUCUGGGAGACCGGUGUCUUCCCAAGCUCCUCCUAGAAUGAGUUUGGCCACGCCAGGGGCACAAGUGAAGAUCCUCGCCAUGCCUAUGCACGAUGCACAUUAGCCUUCAACCCACCUCAGACCAUUGUGGAAUAAUUG